GUGUCUGAAAUAAUUCCGUGGUGUUUUCUUGCACAAAAAUCAUAAUAAUUAUUUCAUAUUCGAAAAACAGCACAUUUAAAGAAAGAAAUAGAACGUAUAUUGCUAUCAGAAGAUAUGCAAUCCGACGAAGGUGCAAUUUCUUCGUCCAUAGCGUCAUUGGACUAUGUUGAUCUAUCAGAUUACUGUCGUCUAUGUCUGCAAAUACCGGAAGAGUCGCAAUUGCUAGAUUUACAACUUAUUUAUGAUGAAGAGGAACAGCUUAGUUAUUAUGACUGCUUUAUCAUAUGUACACAAAUUGAUUUGCACGCUGGUGGCAUUUAUGCACCACACCAGCUAUGCAAAUCUUGUGGUUUGGAAUUGCAGGUGGCAUAUGAUUUCCAUAAAAAAGUGCAAGAAUCCAAAAAGUUCUUAAAUCAAUUUCAAAAAUCACAUAUUACUGAUGGAGAAAUAUUGAACACAACAUUGACAAAAGAUGAUACAUCGCAGGUAACAGAUCUAGUAAUUGAAGAAGUGGUUCACAAAACAAGUGACGAGACACAACUGCCAGUCCCAAUACAAUUAGAAAAUGAGUCAACAGAAAAUGAAGUUGUCACUACGGAAGAGGAAAAUGUAGAACAGUUGGAUGCGAAUAUAGAAUAUGAAGAGCUGGAAGAGCACAUAGAAAUGGAAGAGUAUCCAACGGUUGAGGAGUUGAUUGAUGAUGACAAUGAUAAGGAGCAACGCACGGCUGCAAUUAAACUUGAAGAGGACUCUCACAUUUCUUCAACAGAUAUUUCCACCGAUGAAUCGGUAUCGGGGCAUUAUUUAACUGUUGCAAAUACAGACAUUCCACCCGUCCUUAUAAACUUGCCGCCACCAUCUGAUACUGAUGAUAUUAAUUUAGAAGAAUAUCUCUUUGAAAAUCCCGCUUCCUCUGAAGAAAUAAGAAGUGAACCGCUGCGUCAAGAAGUGAAGACCUCAACAAAAUCCAAAAGUUCGUCCGGCAAACGUGGCCGAGUGCCACUCAUACCUGGUGGUCCACCGUUUCAAUGCGAAUAUUGUGAUCAUAAAAGUCCAACACGUUCGCUUUUAGCAUCACAUCGACAUCGUAAGCAUCGUUUUAAUAAGCCACCCAAUAAAUGUGCAGAGUGUGGCAAGGAGUUUGCAACCAAACAACAAUUGGAGCGUCAUCAACAGCGUGUUAGUUGUCAGUCCUAUCCACUCUUCAAGUGUGAAUUUUGCGAGAAAACAUGUAUCGGUCGUGCCAACUAUAAUAUACAUUUACGUUUUCAUAAAAAAGUCUAUCCAUAUGUGUGUCAUAUCUGCGCCAAGCCAUUUAUGAUGGCACAACAUCUAAAUAAUCAUGUGAAAACGAAACACGAAGGCCAACGCUUUAUCUGUGAGGAAGCGAAUUGUGGCAAAAUGUUUCAAACGGCACAUGCGCUUAAAAACCAUGCUUACACACAUGUCGAUCAGUUGCCCUAUCGCUGUGACUACUGUCAACAAGAUUUUGCUACCAAGGGCAGGCUUCGCUGGCACAUAAGCAGAACACACGGUAUAGAGCAUACGUUGGAUGAGCUAGAUUGCAUGCUGGUAGCCAAAGAGCUUAAACUAAAGGCGAAAUUGCGGCCAGCAUUGACGCCUGAACCCAUCCAACAAUGUGAGGAGGUCGAUGCGGCCGACUUGGAAGGCUAGUGAAUGCUGAAGUUUUGUCUUCCAUUUUCAUAGCUUUUGGUGAUAACCAAAUAUAAUUAAUAAGCAGAUAUGAACUAAAAUUUAUUUUGUUUUUAAAAUAUAUAUUAUAUACAUGAGAGGCAUGCAAGCAAGACAACACGAAAUAAACUUAAAAGCCGAAAUUAACCUCAAUAAUUAAUAAAUAUAAAUAUAAAUAAUUAUUCCACUUAUAAUCUCAAUAAUUAAUUGAACAUUA